AUGCCUAGAGAUCUAGGGUUCGAUUUGUUUCGUGUGCCGGAUCUGACAAAGAGCACGAUUGACCAAGGGGAGCCAAUGUUCGGGAUGGUGAUAUGCGAUGAUAGGCGGUGGGCAGAAGCAUGGCGAUGUCUUGGUCUCCAGGAGGUGGAAGUGGUGUUGUUAGGGUUUAAUGGUCCAGGUUACACGCCGCACAUAUGGAGCACGGAUUUAAACCUACUACGGCAAGCAAGUGCUGAUGCCACCUUCCGGCACAAGUUGGCCAUGCAGGCGCAUUCGUACACGAACUCUUGCUUCUCGGUUAGCGCGGCACAAUUUAGUUUGUACAAUGGGAAGUAUGACCUUGCAGGUGGUUCGACAAUUGUUGGACCUGAUGGAAAAAUCAUAGUCGAGAGCCAGACAGAGGAAGACGAAGUAAUCAUUGCAGAUUGUGACCUCGAUUGGUGCGAGUCUGGCGAAAACACGAACAUCUGGUUCCGCCAGACAUCGACGAACGGAACAUUAUGGCAUCUUGACUUCACAAACCGGCGUAAUCGAGCCACCUAG